AUGCCAGAUACAGGUGCGAUGACAUCAACUGUAUCCAAUCAAUUACCUCCACGUACAACAACAAGUCAUCGAUGGCCAAGAAAAUGGGCAACACUUGGUGGACGUGGUACACCAUCAAUACCAAUAUCUUCACCAACAAUAAAUAAUUGUGAAUUUACUGAAAAAACUAAUGGUCAUCAUAUAAAUGGUAAUAGUCAUCAACAACAACAACAACGUUAUUCAACAUCAUUAUUUCGUAAAUCAUCAACAAUAAGUCGAACAAAUGGUAAUGAAAUAAUAAAUAAUUCUAAUUUAAAUACUGAAACACCAUCAUUAAAAAAAUCACGUUCAUUAAUAAAUGUUUUACGUUCAAAAUUAAAUUCACCAGCUGUACUUCGUCGUUUUCGUACAAAAUCACGUGAAAAUUCAAAACAAAUUAUAACAGAAAUUAAUCAUGAUAAUAAAAUACAUAAUGAUAAUCAUAAUUAUUAUCAUGAUGAAAAAAUUUCAACACAAUUAAUUAAUGAUGAUAAUAAUAAUAAUAAUAAUAAUAAUAAAAAAUUACGUAAACGUGAUCCAUCACCAAUGAAACGUUUUACAAAUCGUUUAGUACAAUUAACACGUAGUUCAACACAUACAUCUAUUGAUAAUGAACAACAUACACGAAAAUCUUCAUCACCAUCAAUAAUACAUAAUAAAGAUCAAGUUGAUCAUAUAAAUGCAUGUUAUGAUGAAAUUCGUGCAAAAUAUUUUGAUAAUAAUAAUAAUAAUACAAAUAUUAAAAAAAAUACUUUAUCUCAUAUAUCACAACAACAACAACAACAACAAAAUUCAAAUAUAAUUCAACCAUUAAUAAAUGAUCGUUUUAAAGAUAUUUUAUCAACAACAACAGCAUCAUCAAUUGAAUAUUAUGAACGACAAACAAAUGAUAUACAUAAUCGUUCAUUAAGUACAAUAUCAAUGAAUGGUUCAUUAUUAAGUCAUGAUUUUUUAAAUAAUUCUCAACAAGUUAUUCAAUUAUCACCAACAAUAACAUCUGAUGAUCCAUUACUUCAAGCACGUAAACAAUCAAAUAUUAAAUUAAAUUGUAUGUUAAGUGGUUAUGGGUUUACAACACCAUUUGGUAAUCAUGAAAAAUUAUUAGGUCAACAUGAUAUAUUUAAAUUUCAUCAUUAUCAUGAUGUUGGAAAAAGAAAAUUUGAUUUUAAUUUUACUAAUAAUAAUAAUAAUAAUAAUAGAAUGUAUUCAAGUUUAAGAACACGACCAAUGAGUAGAAGUAUUGAUAGUUUUAGACGAGCAACAACUACAAUUGAAAAUGAAAUAAUACCAACAACAAAUCCAACAGUUGAAUCCAAUAAUAAUUUACUUGAUGAUGAUGAAUAUUCAUCAAAUAUGCCUAUUGAAAAUGAACUUAUUAUUCGUGAAGACGGUGAUAUAAUAGAAUCUGAACCAAAAGUAUAUUCAUCAAAAGUUCAUGUUACACCAGCAGUUUCUCUUCAUGUAAAAACAUUUAUAUCAUCAUCUUCAAAUAAUGAUGAUAAAAAUAUAGAUUUAAUAAAUGAAAAAUUAUAUGAUGAAAAUAAUGAUGAAUUUGAAAGAAAUUUUUUACGUGCUGUUGAUCGAGCACUUGGUGUUGUUAAUCAUGAUGAUAAUCAUUUAUUACAAGCUGUUUAUGAUAUACCAAUGAAUACUAAUAAUUCAAAUAUGAAUCUUAUGGAAAUUACUGAACGUGCACUUUCAACAUUUAAUAAUACAAAUAUUUUUAUGGAUAAUGAACCAAAAUAUGAACAAAUCAAUGAUGAACAUCGUAUUGAUGGUGCUGAAUCUCCAAAUGUUGAAUUAUUUGAUCGUACUGGUGAACUUUUUGAUACUGAAAUUGUUCAUUGGCAAUCAUCUGCUGUUUAUGAUCAUCAACCAACAAUAAUAAAUCAUGAACAAAAUAAUUGUAAUGAUGAAAAUUCUAUUGAUGAUCAUGUAUGGUCAAUUGUUGAUGAUUUAACACAAAAAACUCAUGAAUUUCUACUUGAUGAACCACAGAAUGGUCAACAAUUCUUGACUCUAUUGGACAAUGAAGAAAAGACGAUUAAAUCAAAAGCAGAUAGUUAUAAUAAACUUCUUCAAACGGAUGAUAGUCGUCUAAAUGAUGAUGUUCGUUCUGAUAUAAAUGCUGUGAUUGGUGAAGUUAAUUUAUUACUCAAAGGUAAACUUAAACAAUUUCGUGGUUUAUGCCAAGCAAAUGUGUCAAAAUCAAACACAUCUGCUGGUGAACCAACACCACUUGAUAGUGAUCUUGAAGGUUUUUGGGAUAUCACAUAUCCACUAAUUGAUAAAGUUAAGAUCAAAUUUACUAAACUUGAUGCACGUAAAGCUAAACAAUGGAUUUCAAUUGAAGAUGAAUAUGAUCCAAAUGAUGUUAAUAAUCGACCACGAAUUAUUGAUGAACGUCUUAAACAAUUACAACCUCAUCAAAAUAAAUCAAAAUCAUCAACAACAAAACCAGUUAAUGAUGAUUUAAAAAAAUUAAUUCAAGAACGACGAAAAGCAGCUGCUAAUGUAUCGAAUACAGCUAAUCAAAAUCAUGAUAUAGAAAUAUUCGUUACACAUAAAUAA